AUUUUUAUUUACGUUUAUAACGGACGCACCCUCGCUAGUGUUCGCCUUCCGUCAACCGAAGCCAAUUUUAAGUUCGUGUUUUGCUGCAUCAGAGAAUAUUGUCUGAUCCUUCUGGAUGUGCGUCGUCGUUUCUAAUCACGGAAAAUAAGAAAAAAAAAUACUCAUUUUUUUGUGAAAAUUUCAUCUCGCCUGUGAAAUUGUGAUUUUGGAAAUAUGAAAGACAAGCUUUUGUGCGGAAAAUGAUUGAGAGGACAAGGUUUUAUUUUGACUCCUACUAGAAUUCAACAGUCCUCGCAUCAUGGAUUGGGACUCGCUUGACACCAGUGUCGACAAGUCCUUGGAAUAUGGCAGCAGUCGCACGAGUCGACAGCGGUUUGGUAGCAACAAGCGGUUCCGAUGCUCUUUUAGCCUUUUCGGUAGCUCCAACGAAUCGGUCCGUUGCGAAAACAUCCUGUUGAAGGUACUGAACCGGGAGCACUGUGGGUACUUUAGCACCGGACUCAAUCAACGGUCCCAUCGGGCCGCGUUCCGGCAGGUGCCAGAACAUUUGAGCUUCUGUCUGAAGGAAAUCGUUCCGUACUGUUAUCUGAAGGGUCACGUAUUUAUGGGUCUCUCAGCGUGUGGACAGUUUUUGCUCAGUUACAAGGUUGCGUAUGAAAUUGACGAGGAGACUACGGAUGAAUACAAUUAUUUCUCUUCCAAUUAUAAAUAUGAAUUGUAUUUCUGGAUUUAUCGACCACACUUUUUGCUAAGUAAGUACUUCCAAGUUUGUCUGUUCGACGACCACGGGGUGGAUGAUAUCAAGACGGUGUCGAUAACGCAGUGGAAAACUGACCAACAGUUACUGAUAGUUCAUGGUGCAAGUGAGAAAGAAGAAGAUUCAUACAUUACCGUAGUUCGGGUUCCUAAGUUAGGAUGUUUGGAGUGCAAAAAGCUAAGAGACGCCAAUGAGGAAGAAGGUAAUCGGCAAGAUAUUCUUUGCAUAAAAUGUAACAUGACGAUCCAUACCAAGUACCGGAACUCAGACUCGGGACCGAAAUUCAAUCCCAGGUUCAAUUUGAAUUGUCCCGGUUACAUUAUUAUGAGCGAAAACAGCUUUAUCCAUACUAUCAACAUUAAGUUGGACAUGGAACGAUGUCCUCAGAAAAGACCCUCUGGUAUCAUCAGCAGCAAAUACAUUUCCAAAUCGCACCAGGGAAGACAAACGGAUAAAGAUGCAGUUCAACAGGAAGUAUCAAUAGCUUCCAAUUUUCCUUCGGACAUAGUUUCUAAAGCGUCGAUUGAGAUUGCGAAACCCUCUACUAGUGGUAGUCUUCCACCGCCGUCACUAGAACCCCCGAUAUCCAUAAGCAUAGCCGAUCAGAUCAUUGCCGACUUUGCUGAAUAUGAGACUGAAACGUUCGAAUCCAAAUGCUCGCAACCCCUUUCACCAUGGCAUCGCACCACCAGCAGACUGUCUUCAAACACGUCUCAUUCUUCGACAACGACUCAUUAUCCGGAGAAUUUCGACGAACUCGUCAUCACCUGUGAUCAUCGUGGUAGUGGAACGCAUCCUCCUCGGACCUCUAUAAUUACACGUGGUGCCGCAGCCCGACUAGAAUCCUUAUCGCCCUCGUCCAAUGUUCGGCUGGUGAAUCAUCGGAAUAAUACCAACGUAGAACUAAGACUUAUGUCUCCGGAAAACGGUGAACACAAAUCCAUCGUCACUCGAGUCGAUCUCCAAGCUGGUCCUUCCCUAUCUACUGGUGCUUCUCUGCGAUUCACCUCCGCCAAUAGUAAUGCUCAACAUCUGUUGGUUCCGGUAGUGAAGCUGGAACCGAACGAAUCAACUUCUAGUUCCUCCUCGUCGACCGGCCGGACACCGCUGCGAAGACGUUCAUAUCUCUCCACCAGAGUGACUGAAUCUAAUGUUCCUAGUAAUAGUAAUCAACCAGGCAGCGGUGAUUGUGCCUCCAGCGACGUUGCUGCCAGAGCCUACGAAUUCUCCGAAGACAACGAACGCUGUGAAAAGAUUAGUACAUUUCGAAAACGUCGUCUGGCUGACAAAAAGUAUGAAUUCUCCGAAGACAGCAGCCACGGCGAUAGUGUAAUCGUCCCAUUCAACCGAUUGCGUAGCCAAAUUCGAACUCGAUCGGCUAGUCAAAGCGUUCUGUGCAGUCCAUCCCAUCCGGUGGGCUAUGAAAUGACAACCCAUCUGCAUAGGGCUUCUCCCAAUCACGGUUUUCGGUCACCAUGCGGUUCUCCAGUUGGCAAUCGCUAUCUACGCUCUCCUCCGGGUAUUCGGUCUCCUAACUACUACAGGCAUCAUUCUCCGGUAGCCACACUCCCGACUGGACCAACCCGACCGCCUAGCGCUGCUCAGCUUAUUAAAAUGUCCAACUUUGAUCCGAAGGAUUACAUCUACGCAAGCAGCGGUGGCAGUGACGAGAUCCCGAAAUUUUUCAUCGAUGCCAUUCACAAAUUCAACGAGAAAAAACUGCUAGAGGAGACUGGAACCGGGGUCGGAAACGAUGAGAAUGUUAACUCGGACAAUCUCCCGCUGCAGCCGAAGGUCGAUCCAUUUGCUACUCAGGAGGUGAAACCGGAACGGCCGGCAUGUUCGAAGAAGAUUGUCAAGAUUUUUGUCGAAGAGGACGAUGCCAACUCGGUGCUGACGACGGAGGAUGACGACUGCAUCUCGCCAGGAUAUCACGCAUCGCUGCCGAUGGAAGUGCACGGGUCCUGCUAUUCCAACAUGCAGAUUGUCACGCCUGCAUCGUACAGCAAACUGCACUGCCCGGCUGUAGUGGUGACCCAGAACUCGUUUGACAUGGAGACAUUCUCGUUCCACGUGGCCAAUUACAUAUGUUCCAAGAGCGAUAAGAAGUAUGGCAUCCUGUUCGAUUCGGCCUACGAGCUAACUCAUGUUUGCCCAUUGAUGGAAACAAUUACCUGCACCAUGGUGCUGCAGUUCACCGCAAGUGACACUAGCAAGGUGAAACAGUGUCACAACUGUUCGACCACCAUCGACUGUCAUACUCAUCGGAAGAUCUAUCAGUGCCGCUCGUUGUUUACCUGGAAUAUGACCACCGGUGACUGGACCGUGCUGGAUUACGGCAGUCUUGCUGCAGGGCCCUAUCUGGAAUUGAAGAAGCUCGCUUCUAACUACAGUCGUUUGCUGGUUAAACUCCGCAAGUUUACUAGGAAAUUGUUUGCCUCCUCGUCGAACGAACGGGACACGGUUCGUACGUACGAGUAUCUCAACCACCUGCGGGUGUUGGAUUCGAACAAUGAAAAAACCAAACAGCGGCUUGUUGAUCUGGGGCACAUGAUUGAGUUCUACCGGAAGCAGAUAAACGAUUCGGGUGAUAGCGACGACAGCGAUGAUGAUGAUUCCGCUAGUUCGAUCGGUUCCUCUAGGAACGACGACGAUACAAACACGGUGGUGGGUGACACGCUCACCUCCGACACGGUUAGUGAUGAGGAUGAUAUUUAAAGCUGAAAUAGAUGUAUUGCUUCGAGCGGUAUUCCAUUUCUUUUAGGUAGGAAUUCAAUUUUUAGGAAUUCGUUAAUUGAACAAUUGAUAUUCAUGUGCAUAGUGUUCGUAUUUCUGUGUGUUUCGCGUCAAAUGCUCGACUCAACGAAGCAAUUAAUAAAGGGUCACGUAACUUGAAGUUAUUUACUGAGGGGCAGCGAACAAUCCAGCUAUCCAGGUUCUAUUGUGAAAACUAAGAAAAAAAAAGAUUAAGAAAACUAAUAAAGAUUACGUCUACGUCGUAAUGAAUUUCAUGACGAAAUGGA